AUGGCGCUUCAAGACCCAUCUAUACCUCUUGAUGGCCGCUGCCAUCUGACAAGGAUGCCCAAUGAGAUCCUAGACGCAAUCUACGUCCGAUGUGUCGAGCCUAACAUGGCAUUGUGCUCACCAAUACUUGGCUCGAGGCUAUCUUCCGAACGAGUCUAUCAAGCAACAAUACUUCAAUCCUUUUGGAACUCAAAAUCGAUUUCUCACGUUAGCAGUUACAAUGACCCACGAAAACCACAGCCAACUUUCGUACCUGGUAAUCAUGUUCAGAAGAUUCUCGGCCCAUGCGUGCCAGGCGUUCUAACACCUGAGCCGCAAAAGAGAGUUCAGAAUCUGAUCAGCAGUUUGAAAUGGUACACAUUUUCUCGCCUUGAAGUGAAUUUUAUUCGCUUGCUUGAGGCUUUCUUCCUGGACUUCCUUUCCGAAGAGGGAGCGCACAUCAACCUGAAAGACCAAACCAAGCUUAGCCGAGGCUUCCGGCGUCGAUUCCCAUAUGGCAGGAUCCCCACUUUGUCAGGACCGGAAAAUAGCAUAGUCAACUUCUCCAAACGUUUACCAGAUGACAAAGGCUAUAAAUUCGAAUGGUAUUACCCCGUGAUUGCAGUGAACUCUCUCAAUACCAAGCUCAGAAUAUCCUCAAGAUAUCUGCAACCGGUGUCUGUCUUUGUCUUGCCAGAUACAGUCCUCAAUCCCAGGGGCUGGACGGUAGAAGCGAUCCAGAAGUUGCACUUAUUGUGCAUUCAACUCAAACCGAAGAGAUUCUGGCAUCCACAUGUACAUUAUGGCAAGGGAGCGCUUUAUAGUGGGAUGGAGCUCGCCAUUGUUGAGAUAAACAGCGACGCUCUCUUGAUUCUCUGUUGGGCCGCUGAACGCCUUUCCCAUAACGACAGAUUCACCCAAUCCUGCGGCCCUCUGAGUUUUAUGGAAAACUCUUCCGUCGCAUCUGCAAGCAACGAAAAGGAUACGAAGGAGUGA